AAGAACGAGUACAUCAACGGGCUGAAGCUCCUCUUGACGGAUUUUCGCAACCGCAAGGUCAAGGACUUCCAGACCAUCAGCCAGGGCAUUAUUGACUACCGAGCCCAGUUUCUCGGAGACAAGAGCAAGAUCCUCCCCCUGGGCGGCGUUACGAUCUGA